AACUCUCCUUCCCUGGGAUCAUAUAGUGCAGUUCUCGGCAAAGAAAAGUGACCACAGCCAAAGCCUAUGCAGCUCUGUGAGCGGUGGGACCGCGACCAAACGGACUCGGUUACCUUUAGCGACUGUUUACAGCCUGGAAAAGACACCGAGCGGAUCAGCGGGAUUCUAAGGAAUCAUUGUGGCUGCUGCUUUCUGGACACUUCAGUGCGCACGGCGGAUCUAUGAGGACGCAGGAAGGUUUUUCACACUCAACACCAGACAGAGGGAACAGGGAGUGAUUCACCCCCCUGCCUGCAGCCCCCAUGCCGGGCAUUAGCUCCUCCGCGCCUCGUUAUGAAAACUGGGACAUGGAACACCUCGACCACUACCAACAUUAUUUCUACGACGACCACCACGACCCGGAUGAGGAUUUCUUCAAGUCCACGGCGCCUAGUGAGGACAUAUGGAAGAAAUUCGAGCUGGUACCGACCCCGCCCAUGUCGCCUAUCCGGGCGGUGGAGGGGUCGGGCAGGGUCGGGAUGCUGUGCCCGUCUCUUGGGGACAAGCUGGAGUGGGUAUCUCAGUUCUUAGGGCAGGAGGACGAGCAGCAGCAGCAGCAGCAGGACUUGCCCUGCAAGCUGACCACAAGUAAUGACUCUUUCGGGAACUUGAGCUCCAUCAUCAUCCAGGACUGCAUGUGGAGCGGCUUCUCCGCAGGGCAGCAGCUGGAGAGAGUUGUAGGGGAGCGAUGCGCAUCCUGUCCCGGGACGGGGGCGGCUGCUAAAGUCGCUGCCGGGUCUGCCGUCCCAUCUCCUGGGAGGGCGCAGGGUGGCCCCGCCGACGCAGCGGCUCUCAGCGGACUUGCGGCAGACUGUGUGGACCCGGCUGCGGUACUCACUUUCCCGUUAACCGGGGGAUGCAAGAAACAAGUGUCCUCUGGUUCAGAGUCUCACACCGACUCAUCAGAUGAUGAAGAUGACAACGAUGAAGAUGAAGAGGAGAUUGAUGUGGUGACGGUGGAGCACAAGCAGCAGCAGCAGCGCAAACCUCGCCGUCUAGUCAACACUCGUAAACCGGUAACCAUCACAGUGCGAGCUGACCCCCUGGACCCCGGCAUGAAGCGUUUCCACAUCUCCAUCCACCAACAGCAGCACAACUAUGCUGCACCCUCCCCGGACACGCUCCCUCCGCAAGUCGAGCCUCCUCGAAAGAAGGUACGACAGGAGGCAUCCACCCAGGCCUCCCAGCCCCACCAGAACUCUCAUCACCAGCAGCCUCGGCCCGGCCACACCCCCCUAAACUUAGACAACAGGAAGUGUCAUGGGACUGUGGUUGGAGUCAGGUCAGAGUCACCUAACCUCAACGCCUCUUCUCCUACCUCCUCCACGUCGCCUUCGUCUCCUUCCUCCACAAGCUCCCACCCCCAGAGCUCCCCGUCAAAGCCCCACUACUUCCCACACCUCUCCAGCCCCCAAUCCUCCGACUGCGAGGACACGGACAAACGCAAGGCGCACAACUUCCUGGAGCGCAAGCGAAGGAACGACCUUCGCUCACGCUUCCUGUCACUUCGGGACGAGAUCCCAGGCUUAGCAGACUGCCCCAAGACACCUAAGGUGGCGAUCCUGACGCGAGCUACAGAGUACCUGCAACAGCUGCAUGUCAGCGAGAGGCAGAAGGCCCAGGAGAGGAAGCAGCUGAAAGCCAAGCAGCUGCAGCUGCUGCAGAGGCUGGCACACCUGAAACGAUCCUGAGCUUUGGGGUCACCACACAUGUACACUCACAGAACUGGGACGAGAUGAAGGACAAAAGACACUAAUGUUCACUUUGAAUUGGUCACGUUGGAAUAGUGCGGGUGGAUUUUUUUUGUUUGUUUUCUACUUUUGUGGUUUGCACAUUAGCUUCUGAGUGAUUGACAAGGUGGUAAGCCAGUCAGGACAGCAAGCUAGGGACUGAACCUAUGGGGCAUCUUACAGGCGGAUUAAUAUGUCCAUGGUUAUUCAAUAUAGAUUUGUUAAACUGUUAUAUUCCCCCUUGAAUAAAAAAAGUUUGAGACUGUUGCUUGCUACAAAAAGGCUUGUUUUAUAUGCAGCACGUUCUAGUGGAAAAACUGCUGCAACUGUGCCGAUUAACUGCUGCAUGGUCUGCUCAGAUGUCUCCUUGGUCGUGGUUGAGCGUGGUGUGCUUGCACAGCAGUGAUGUCUCUACUUUCUGUAUGUCAUCAGGCGAAAAGCAACCGUCAAGUUCCACUUCCUCCAAAUUUCACCCUCUCCUCUCUCCCCUGCUUCUUAGAGCUUGGCAUACAGCUUGUACACUUAUCAGGUUGGCCUUUUUUCCACUUUGAUUUCCCUUUUCUUUUUCCUAUUCUCCACAACAUCUAACCUCUCCCCUGAUUCUUGUCCACAAUCAAAGUUUCUGGCUUCAUGCUUGCUAAAAAUGGGAAUGUAGGGGGCUAUAGUGGGGCUGUACUGAGCCAUGCAACAAUAAUGUUACAUCUGGAAGGAUUCAAAUGUCCUAUACCUCUGAAAUAGCUCAGGUUAAGUCCUCACUUCAGUGCCUCCAGGUUUCCAUCCAUGACUUCAGCUGUUCUUUCUUGCAUCAUCAAUGUUUUACAGCAGCACCAUGUCCACAGUAACAGCCUGUUUUGUAGCAUUAUUUUGAGAAAUUCAGAACAUUUAUUGCCAUGCAGGCACUGUUUGAGAUUGGUCCUAUUUUCAAUCAACAUCUGCAAAAACACUAUGGAGAUCUUCACAAGAUUUAUCUCUAUCUGUGUUAUUUUUGUGCCAUGGAGAUCAGCUAAAAGGUGAAGAUUGGCUUCAAAUGACCCAUAAAAAUGUUUAAAAAAUGGCUAUAGUUGACUGUGUGUGUGUGUGUGUGUAGGCAACAUGAAAAACGUCAACUUAUGUCUGGAGAUGAAGCCCACAGAGUACCAGCUGUACAUUCCUUUCAUCUUGCUGUCUGAUAUUUGUGAAUUGAUUUUGUUUUUGCAUCUGAUGUAACGCCUAUAGAAGCCUUUUAAUGUACGUAGACUAUCCUGUUGGAUGAUAUGUAUAUAGUACCCUUACUGUACAGUCCCUUCCAAACCAAAACCAGAGCUGUCUACUAAACUCAUCCUAGUUUUUUUUUAACCCUGCGUCCUAAACCGGGGCAUGGCUUGCUGGCUUUUCAAAGAUAACUCAAAGCUUCUAUUUUUGUUAAUAAAAUGAUUAUGAAAAAGAGUCAAAAUAAAACACUCACUGAACAUUGAUCACACUAACCACUUUGUCACUACAUUUGUUUUUUGCAUUGCCUACUUGUUUUCUUUACUGUUUGUUACUUUUUCUGUCUCUGGGGUCUCUUUAUUUGUACAAGUCAGAGUUGACAAAAGUUUUAUACUAUAUUUUCCUACAGAGUUGUGUUUCAGUGUGAGCUAAUGACUGUUUUUUUAUUGUAGCUAGCAGGGCUUAACUGGUGGUUAUGUGCUGAAGAUUGCAUGCAUGGUCUGCUUUUUCUCUAUGGAGGAGAAAGCACCUGAACGCUCUUGUUUUCAAUCCAAUCACUCUAGCUGUAGCACUCUCUCAAAUCUGGCGCGGGUAGUGGCAAAGAGGAGGAGGAGGAGGAGGAGGGGGGAAUUAAGAGGAUCUACCGAUUAAACUUCUUGCUGUGCGUAGCCUUUAGUGACCCUAUUGUUAGCGCUUUCUCUCUGCUUUUUAGCCAGCCCGGUGCUCCCUACUGUCUCAUAAGCCAUGCACCAGAGAACACUGUAGCUUUGGAGCUAGUACUGUAAACGACUCGAUCACGAGUAGCAUGCCCUGCUCUUAGCAGCACUCAGGAAACUCCCAAGCACGCUGUAGCUCCUGUGAUAGGGCCACAGGCUGUGCUUGAGGUAAACACCUGCUAUGAUAUGCUGUACAUAUAACAUUAUGCUUGAUCAACAUGGAAGAAGGAGAACAUUCUAUCAGACGAAUCAUGAUGCACAGUACGUCAGGAUAUCAUUAUGAAUGUUUCUUUUUUCUUCUACUGCAUUACCUGUAUUGUUAUUCUGCCAAUUAUUCAGCACAAACCGCAGAUUGCCCUGAAGAUUAUUUAAUUUUCAGCAGUGGGGACCCUCAGUGGUGGUUUGCCCAUUUUUAUUUGAAUAGUUUGACCUAUGUUGGUCACUGGUCUCUGCUGUCGGCACAGUCAUGGUAGCAGUGAACGUUGCUUACUUACUUUGGGAGUUCAAAUUUGGUGAUUUUGGAGCCUUGUCAGCACUUUGUUUUUUUCUGUACCUCAUAAGCCUCUAUGUAUGAAGAGUAAGUCAGAAAAACAAUAAACUCAUGGUUUGACAUCAU